AUGACAGUUGUCGCUAAAAAGUAAAAGUCGCGUCGGCUACCAUUUUGUUUUUGUGCUAGAAAGUUGAUACAAACGAGAAAAAAAUCACGAUUUAGUGGUUAAAGUGCAUUAAAAUUAAUCAAAUCAUUGAUUUUACACUGCGAGAGUAUUAAAAAUACCAUAUACAUUGAGUUACAAGUGUAUUCAGUUAAAAAAUAACCUAACAAAACUAGGUCUUGUAGCGAAGUUUACUCGCGUGAAUUUUUCAAUAAUGGUGCGAGGAAAUGGUCGUGGUGGACGAGGGAUGGGUGUCCGCGGUGGUAUGGGACGGCCACCGUUCAAUCGACCCCGUGUGCUGAUGCUGAGACCUCCUUUCGACCUGAUAUUGGCUGAACCGGCGUUCCCAAGAUGCAAGCCCGCUCCCGACGAUUCUGCUCUAACCCAAGCUCUUCUGAAACGACAUGCAGAGCUAUGCCCAACGCCCGCAGAGCAAUCCGCAGUUCUGAGCCUUGUCACAAAGCUGCAGACUGUACUGGACAACCUCGUUGUUGCUCCCGGAGACUUCGCAGCAUGCCAAUUGGAAGAGGUUCGUCAAGUCGGUUCGUAUAAGAAAGGAACCAUGAUGGCUGGGAAGAAUGUGGCUGAUAUUGUGGUUAUCAUGAAGACCCUGCCCACUAAGGAAGCUGUUGAGGGAUUGUCUAAUAAGGUAAACGAAGAGUUAAACAAGUUGAUGCGCGCCGAGACUCCGAGCACGUCGGUGACCAGUGCCUGCCACGAGCGAGGGUUCACCGUGACGGGGCCCAGCGCCGCCGUCAGGGUGCUGGUUACCACGCUGCAUCAGAAUCUGAGGAAACUGGAGCCGGAGGUCCACCUUGACUACAAAGUGAUCAGCAGCCACCUGGCAGCCAUCCGCCACAGUCGCUGGUUCGAGGAGAAUGCCCAUCAUUCCUCUAUCAAGGUCCUAAUCCGUCUGCUCCGUGACAUGUGCGCGCGUCACUCGGGACUCGAACCCCUGACCCCGUGGAUGAUUGACUUGCUGGCACACCACUGCAUCAUGAACAACCCUGCGAGACAGGCGCUGCCUAUUAAUGUGGCAUUCAGACGCGCGCUGUCCCUGCUGGCGGGCGGGCUGUUCCUGCCGGGCUGCGCGGGGCUGGCCGACCCGUGCGAGGCGGCGCACGCCCGCGCUCACACCGCGCUCGACCUCGCCGCGCAGGACCUCGCCGCCGCCACCGCGCAGACUUUACUCCGAGUAGUAGCUCGCGGUGGUCACCGCUACGUGCUAGGGCUCCAAGCGUUCGAAGGCGGCAAGGACAUUUCGACUGAGAUCACCGUAUGGGACGGAGUGGUCGUGUCCCCCCUCGCCCCGGCAUACCAGGAGACGCCUGAACCCAUGGAUACUGAUGACAAAGAAGAUGACGUGCCUGACGGUGUAGCAGCUUAGUUUAAUUAUUUAAUGAUAAGUUAUUUUAUGUUAACUUCCGGACAGAUCUUUUAUUAAAAGCAAUACGUACCA